GCCAAAGAAGAACCACAGACGCUCGCUCCCAACUCCCAAGCCAAGCCGGAUCCCAAAAUCGGCACAGCGCACCCACUCCGCUCAGUCCCUUCGUUCACCCCCAUCCAUCCAGCCAGCCAUGGGCGGCAAGGACUGCGGCAACCACGGCGAGGACGACCUGCGGCGGUCGUGCCGGCGCCUGCUAGCGAUCCUCCUAGUCCUGGCCCUGAUCGUGGGCGUGAUCGCGCUGAUCAUCUACCUGGUGGUCCGCCCCACGCACCCGCGCUUCUACCUACAGGACGCGUCGCUCCAGCAGCUAGACCUCUCCAACUCCACCACCCCGUCCUCCUCCCUCCUCUCCACGACGCUGCAGGUGACGCUGGCCUCGCGCAACCCGAACGAGCGCGUGGGGGUGUACUACGACCGGCUGGACGUGUACGCGUCGUACAAGUACCAGCAGGUGACGGUGGCCGCGGCGCUGCCGGCCGUGUACCAGGGCCACGGCGACGUGGACGUGUGGUCGCCCGUGCUGUCGGGCCCCGGCGUCCCCUUCGCGCCCUACCUCGCCGACGCGCUCCGCCAGGACUGCCAGGCGGGCUACCUCGUCCUCCAGGUCAAGGUCGACGGCCGCGUGCGGUGGAAGGUCGGCAGCUGGAUCUCCGGCCACUACCACCUCUUCGUCACCUGCCCCGCGUUCCUCGUCACCGCCGGCGGCAACGGCGCGCCCGGCGCUUCCGGGUUCAGGUUCCAGACCACCACCUACUGCCACGUCGAGGUUUAAAUUAGGAGCGAGAGGAGGGGAAGGAAGCAGAGAGCCAGAGACCAUGGUGGCUACCUCUCUAGCUGCUGCUCCACCUCCUGCCGUUGCCUGGUGCGGUAAUAACUCUCUCUCUUUCUAUCUGUCCGCUGCUGGCGUUACUGCUGCUGCAGUGAUGCGGGAUGUAAAGGAGGGGUAAAAAAAAUUCCUUUCGUUCUAGCCCCUUGUUUUUUUCAUCUUCUCCUUCACCUUUCCAUAUACUACUAGUAUGCUCUGUCGACUGUUGUUC